CCCUUGCGUGCACCGGAAAUAGCUAAAUCGAUAUGCGCCGCGCGAAAAAUCGUUGGCUUGGACGCGAAAGCGAAACCUUGGAGCAUCUUGGAAGGAACCAAAGGAGCCAAACUCACACUCUUCACCAGCCGUGCGGGACACUAUAAUUUCUACCCCUCGCCGAGUCGCCGUAUAAAACACCCAAACUCCCCGCCGAUGUCUCACCGGAAAGCCGGCGGCGACACAUGUCGGUCGGCGAGAAAGCGGCCGGCGACGGCCAGCCGAAGCCGCCGUCGCGCAGCGCGCGGUUCGACCGCCUCUUGUCCGGGCUGGGCGGCGGGCCGCUCGUGGACAUCGAGCCCGACAAGGUGAAGGGCGAGCUCCGGCGGUGGGCCAGGGCGGUGGCGACGAUGGUGCGCCAGCUGAGCUUCGGCGCCUGGCCGGAGAAGGGCGGCGGCUCGUCGGAGCAGCAGGAGGCGGGCGACGGCGGAUCGCCUGGCUGAGCCGCCGAUGGCGUUGCUUCACUUCACACGCGUCAAUACGGAAAAGGAAGCACUGGUGCGGUUGGCAACAGUUGUGACAAGCAGCAGAUGAUGCACAUUCCAGUUGAUUCGUUACAUUGAUUACAUUUAUUCGUUCAAGCGACAGGCGACGGAGGCUGUAGUAUGUAUCUCCAAAUCUCUUCUCCAUUCUGCCAGACAUAACAAAUUUGGGUUGCAUAAAUCAUGGCAGUCAUGUGAAUAGAAAUAAACACGUGCAUCGCAAUUCUCAUGUAAGUUGAUCGAAUUAUUGUAUUCCAAACAAAAAGACUCUGCGCACACCUUCAUUGAAUUUACCUACGUAUCACCAUGCCU